AUGACCUGGGGGAACCACUCGGUGAUGAUGCAGUUUGUGUUCCUGACCUACCCCUCCUGCCCAGAGCUGCAAGUCCUGUCCUUCCUGGGGGUCAGCAUGGCUUAUGCACUUAUCAUCACCGGGAAUGUCCUCAUUGUGGUGUCCAUCCAGGCUGAAGCCCGCCUCCAUGUGCCUAUGUACUAUUUCCUGGGCAGCCUCUCAGGGGUAGAAAUGUGCUACACUGCUGUGGUGGUGCCCCACAUCCUGGCCAACACCCUGCAGUCAGAGAAGACCAUCACCCUCCUGGGCUGCGCCACUCAGAUGGCCUUCUUCAUUGCACUUGGCAGUGCAGACUGCUUCGUCUUGGCUGCCAUGGCCUAUGACAGAUAUGUCGCCAUUUGUCACCCCUUGAAGUACCCUCUCAUCAUGACUCUGACUGUUUGUGUCCGCCUGGUGGUGGCAUCUGUGGUCACCGGCUUGUUCCUGUCCUUACAACUGGUGGCCUUCAUCUUCUCUCUGCCAUUCUGCCAGGCUCGAGGUAUUCAGCACUUCUUUUGUGAUGUGCCACCCGUCAUGCAACUGGUGUGUACCAACAGCCACUUCCAUGAGCUGUCAGUGCUGGUGGGAGCCACACUGGCCAUUGCCGUGCCUUUCUUCCUCAUCACCACCUCCUACGCCUUCAUAGCGGCCACUGUGCUCAAGAUGCACUCUGCAGCUGGCCGCCACAGGGCCUUCUCCACCUGCUCCUCCCACCUCACUGUGGUGCUGCUGCAGUAUGGCUGCUGUGCCUUCAUGUACCUGCGCCCCCGCUCCAGCUACCACCCCCAGCAAGAUCCAUUCAUCUCUCUCGUCUACACACUGGGCACCCCAAUGCUCAACCCCCUCAUCUACACACUGAGGAACAGCGAGAUGAAAGGGGCCAUUGGGAAAGUGCUUACCAGGAACUGUGGCUCCCUGACAGCCUAG